CUUUGAAGCAUUGGUGAAUGAUUAUAAGGUGAUCUAUACUACGGCCAAUUGAAACACUAAGUUCAUAGUAGCUCAAAUAAAGAGCAGAUUCACAAAUUUUCAUUGUUUGGCGAUCUAAAUUUUUCACUAUUCGGAACAACCAUGUCGAAAGUCCCAAGGAGGAACUCACAUGGAUCGAAUAUUAUCCAAUACCCCGAUUUCAUAGACAUUCCCGUUUGUUUCAAUCCCAAUACUAUAGACCUUCGUAUAGAGAAAAAGCUCAAAGAAAACCGAUCUAUAAGAUCGAAGAAGCUGAAAAAUGUCGAAACAAAAACACCUAGCAAGAUUCUAAAACAUCAGUCUCCAGGUUUGAAAAAAGGUAGUAAAUCGCCAAGUUUAGAUUUCCAAUCGAGCGAUGAUGAAGCAACCACUGCAGAUGAUAAACCUGCUCAUAUAAAGAUUCUUGGGUUUAGAAUUGCGGUUAGCAAUAAGGAUGUUGGACUUCGUGUGCAACGGUUUAUGAAAACCCUUCAUUCUACAAUCAGCGACGAAGAUACUAUUCCAUAUUUAAUAAGUCAUUUGGAAAUUCCUCAAAUUUCACCUAACCAGUACCACCCACUCGUCUAUUACGUAUCUGGUCUUUUGUCCUUUACCAUAUCUAGAACAAUAGCCCAACUUAAACAAAAGUCGGCCGUGGAAUUAAUCCUUGAUGGAAUAAGACCAUUUAAUAUGAUUCAACGUGUAUCAGAAAAAAAAACUAAAUUUUUGGAAAGAUUUGAAUUGCUAACUCGGUUUAAUGCUUUUCCGUUUUUGUCAGCCUUGUAUGAUAUGGUUGAUGGUAAUGAAUUUCAUUUUUUAGUUGUGGUUUGUAUGAAUAUGAACUACUCGCUAUACAAAGGAUUCUCAACUGAUCAGUUCAAUUAUAAUAAACAUCAUACAUACAGUGCAGUGAAUACAUCAGUGCAACUGGACAGUGCUCCAAUUAAAAACUCGGUACUGGCAAUCCUACCUGAAGAUACAUUACUGGAGAUUUCACCUAAAAUUCGUAAUGGCGAUACCGAAUCUCAAGCUAUAACAAAUGGACAUGUUUCGGCUCUUUCACCCAAUUAUAGUAACGACCAGGGGAAUGUAUUGAUUGAAGGUCAACCAUUGAACACGCAUUUAAGUACCCCGAUAAAAAGCAAUGUUAAUGCCAACUUAAUAAAUGCUAACAGUAUAACACAGCAGCCUGAAGUAUCAACUAGUUUCACGCCACCUGCCUCACGUUCUUCCAACGAAUCAUCCAAUUCGAAUACGACACAGCAAAGUUUUUUUAACAGGGAGCUAGAUGAUAGCCCAUUCACUUCGUUGAGAAAUGACUCAAUUAGUCGUAUUGCCUCGCCUAGUCUUCAAAACUCUUUGCUAGGUUCCGCGGGUCAUAGACGUACCCAAUCACCGCAGCCUUCACUUGUUGAUGCAAACUCAAGUUCAAAUUUCUGGUCUAAUUCUCCUCUAUUGAAACAAAAUCAGCAUAGCUCACAAAACCCAGCUCCAACAAAGUUUUUGAAUUCUAAUAUUUGGGGAAAUUCUAAUCCGUCUCGCUUAUGGGAACAGCCAUCUAACAAGAAUGAUUUGAUGAAACCACUAGAGAAUAACUUAGAUUUAAAAUUCUUACAUAGUGAAGAAGAUAACACUAUUCUACACAGUGGAGAUUUGUCAUUUUCUAGUCAAACGGAAACAAUCGAUUCCUCGAACAAGCCAAUCCAUUCUAAUAGUGAAAAUGCGCCUGACUCAGUAAAAGGUACAGCUUGUGGUAUUGAUUCUGAUGAAGAGUUCUACGAUGCGAAAUCUAGCCCCGAAAACAAAAUGAAGAAAGAGAAUAAUGAAGCUCCAACAAUUCCUCAGGUUGACUUUCAUGAUAGCUCAUCUUCAUCCUUUGGCAGGAAUGAUAUCGAUAUCGAAGGAUCUUCCGUAAGACAAUCAACCGAAUCAUCUAAAGAUAAGACACAUGCAGCUCCUGGCUCUCCUAACCAGAUUUCCGAAGGCAAAGAAGGCGACCUGCGAAAACCUCCGAUUCUUCAAGUUAAAUCAAAUAGUGGAACUAAGAAUAGAGCCACUGACUCAAAGGAGAAUAAUACUGGCAUGUCAACAUCUAAGGAGUGUUACGAGAACCCAAUCAAGCUUCAAAAGAAUAUUGUAACAAGAUCCACUCAUCGCCUAAGGGAGAGUUCAGUUCCACCUAACAACUUUCCACUCAAGGGCGAAGAGGUUUUGGAGCUUGAUUCUUCCCCUAAAGUUUUGAGGUCUAAAGAAAUAUUAGUGGACGGUUUGAUUUUCCCCCAAUAUACCCUUGAAUCAGACAAAUAUAAGGAAAUCAAAUCUAGCAUCACCGAAAAUUUUCAAUCUAUUUUCCUGGAACAGGUUCAGCCGCCAUCACAUUUGAUAGAAUUGUGUGACGGUUCAUCGGAAGUGCAAAAUGUAGCUUCAGCGAAGAAGACUACAAGUCUCAAGCAAGAGCGUGAAAAAGAGAAAGAAAGACAAAGGGAACGUGAAAAAGAGAGAUUAAAAGUGAAACAAGAACAAAAUAAGAAGGAUAAAUUAAAGGGAAUUAUUAUCCCUAAGGAUCACGUUACAGUAGAUUUGCCGACUAAGGCGGAGCCAAGAUUACCACCCCCAGUAUCUGAAGAAGUUAUUGAAGCUCAAAGAAAAAAAGUAGAAGAACAAAGACAAAUUAUCGAGGAAGAAAAGCGUAAGAAAAAGGAAAUAGAAAAGAAUGCUGUUCAAAAGCCACAACUGGAGCAAAAGAUAAAACUGGAUGAACUUCAGAACCGUGCAAAAGAAGAGUCAGUAAAAGAUAAGACAAAAGAUACCCAAGGAUUCAGUAAGAACUCUUCGACCUAUAGUGGUAUAUCCAAUGAGUCAUUCAGUUUAUAUGAUGGAAUAGAGAAACCCAAACCAAUUCUGAAACCGUCACCAACAAAGGAGUUUAAAGAUUUGAUGAGUUCAUUGAAUUCUGAUAUCGAAAAUGUGAGUAAAGGUAAACCUAUCAAGGAAGAUUGCUCCAAGGAAUCAUUUUUGUUUGAAAGUAUGUCCAAGCAACUCAAGGCUGACUUAUCCCAAGCCAGAAAGGAAUUGAAAGAUAACGAUUGGCUUUUAGAUCCAGAAAUAAAUACAGUUCAGUCAGUUUUGAAUGAAGGGUUCUCCAACUACACUAAUCAUAGAUUGAAGAAGGGCGAAAACUUUGACGUGUCAUCACAGAAAAUUGAAUUUCAGAAGAAAUUAGACGAGUUGUACUCCGAGAAUAAAGUCAUGUUCGAAGAACUGAAUGGAUUUGCAUAUUCGGAGAAGAAGUCGAAUGUGAGGACACCAAAUAGUUCUGACUCGAAGCAGAUGUAUACCGAAGAGCCUAAGACCAGUAAACAGUCACCAAAUGGGAAAGCAGAUUUGGUUGAUAGGGAACAAGAGUCGAAAUCAAAAUCCAAGGAUAACAUUAAAAAUGAAAUGCAUUUGACUAAAGAAGAUAAUACACCCCCCUCUGAUAUAAAUAAAGCUGCAUCAAAUAAAGUUGCAUCGGAUAAAGCUGCAUCAAAUAAAGCUGCAUCAAAUAAAAUUUCAUCAAAUAAAGUUGCAUCAAAUAAAGCUGCAUCAAAUAAAGCUGCAUCAAAUGAAACUGCAUCAAAUAAAGCUUUACCAAAUAAAGCUGCAUCAAACCAAGCUAUUAACUCUGAUUCGAAAUUGGCUAAAUCAACGGAAAGGAAGAAUACCAAUGAGUCAAAAGUUGACCAAAAAGCUUCUGAGCUGACCAAACCUAAGGAGAAAACCAAGUUGAAGGAAGAUGUUCGUUUUGAAGAUGAAACUAAUGAGGAUGAACCACGAGUUCCUGAAUUCAGCGAAGAAGAAUUAUUGUCGAUUAAAUUAGAAAGUGAAUCUGAAGAAGAUGCCGACUUUCUCUCGAUUGUUAGUAUUUUACAAGAUAUUUUCCCCGAAGUAGCAUUGAGUGAAAUCAAGUUGAGAGUACGAACCACUGAAGACAUUGACUCACUUAUAGCCGAAUUAUUCUAUGAAAAGGACGAAAUCUUAGAUAUAGAAGAUGUUGAAAUUGAUUUUGAUAUUGAUUGGGAAGAACAACGAGAAUUACAAGAGAGAAAAUUUGGCAUGAAAAGAGUCGAAGAUAAGCGGUAUAGCGAAGCGGUAUUAGGAAUCAAGGAGAUGUUCCCUGAUUUUGACCUUGCUAUAUUAAACCAAGUGUAUAAUGAGCAUAAUGAAGAUUCAACUAUGACAAUUGAAUCAAUUUUGAAUGGGAAAGUGAGUAAUGACUUUAAAAUUAUUGAGAAAUCAAAGAGUAUUUUCAAGCUGAAACAGGAAGAGGAGACUCAAGAAUAUCAUGAACAAUUCCAACGGAAUUUGACUCGAUUAUCGUUGGUAACCGGGGUUAAGAGUAAUAAGAUCUCAUCCUAUUUGAGUAAACAUUCUAAUGAUUUUGUUAAAGCAUUAAUUGAUAUCAUAUAUAAUUACCAAGAAAGUCCUCGGGUUAAUGGUCGAGUGCAAAGAGGAGGAAGAAUGAAUAAAAACACUAGAAGUAUAUCCAGUAAAAAGGGAUAUGAAUAUAAUGAAAAUAGCAGCGAAGUGCAAGAAUUAAAGGCCAUUUACCAAAGUAAUGAAGAAUUUUCUAAAAUGAGUGAUUUAUUCUUCAAAAAGGGAAUUGUUUUUUUCAAAGGAGAUUAUAUAAAAGUUAUUGAAGUUGCCACGAUUAUCAUCGAAAAUGAUGGAUAUCAAUUGACUCAUGGAGAACCCCCCACCCCCAGUUCAGCAGAGGUGAUUGCCAAAUCACCCAAGCAAAAGAAGAAGGUGAUCUUACCCAGCCUUGUUGGUACUUCGUAUACCAACCAAGAUGAACUAAGAGCAAAAUAUAAGAAUAUGAAUCAACUAUUAUUCUCAAGGCUAUCCAAUAACUCAAGCGGUGUAACCAGCUACUAUAAAGACGUUAGCAGAGAAAUGAAAACCAAGUACCGUCAAUUACUCAUCGAGGAAGAUGAAUCCGUCAAGCGUGACAGAAUCGAAAGCUGGAGAAUGGGCUCCGACUUGGACUUACACCGUUUAUCAGUCAGAAGCGCCAUGGACGCCGUGGUCGAAUGCUUGAAAGACUGGUGGACUCAAGAAAUGAACGAUCGUGAAUCCGACGGUAAAUUCGAAAAAUUCGGCCCCAUCGCCGAAUUCGUCGAGCCCUUGGUCAUCAUCACCGGCCGCGGGAACCAUUCCUCCAAAGGGGUAAGCAAAAUCAAAAUCAGCGUUCUCGCCUACUUGAAAAAGGGUAACUACAUCUACGAUGAAAAUGUCGGUAAUGUCAGUGUCCUUGGUCGUAGAUAGAUAUUUUAGCAGUAAUUCUAAAUACACAACCUGCAAAUGGC